CAUGCAGGAGGCCAAAUACCCCGGCGGAGGGGCCGGGAUCCCUCAGCCCCAUCCCGGUGCCUGUCCCCGCGUCUGUCCCUCUCCUCCCCCGGGCAGCCGGAGCUUUUCCCGUAGCCCCGAGGCGGGUCGUGUUUAUUUUCCUCAUUCCAGGCACCGGAACAAACACUGCCCAAGGAUUUUCGGGAAACACCCUGGGCGCUGAGCCCUGCUCGGGAACACCUGCAGCUCCUGGGGAAUUCCCCAAAACCAGGCGCCACUUCCCGGGAUCCCAGCCAACCCCUCCGCAUCCCCCGGGGACCCUCGGCAAUGUUUUUUCCACACCUGGAGGGCUCCGGGCUCUUUCCCAGGACGUGGCAUCGGUCACGCAGCCCGGUGCCCUCCUCACCUGUGCCCAGGUGUGGCUCUGGCGGCUCUUCAUUUGUCGGCAGCCCUCUGCGGAGGGGAUUUAUCGCCGAUAAGGCCGGAUCGAUGCCUCGGGACGAUCCCCGCCGCACGUACCGCGGCUGCCCGAGCAGAGUCCGGAGCCUCCCGUGCUCCAUGGCAUCAAAAGCGGCUUUAAUUAAGCACCGAGGGCUGCCGCAGCCUUUGAGGUGCCUCGGAAACUCUGCUCUGGGCGGAGAGGAGGCACGGAGGGGACAACCCUUAAAUAGGGAGGGCUCAGCCCUGCGGAGCCAGCGGGACGCUGCCCCGGGGAGCGGAGGGUGCUGCGAGGAGCCAUGCCCACCAAAUCCAUCCCUGCCUGCGAGCUGGCCAAUGUGUCCGGCGUAAAGCGGUUCCCAGAGCAGACGAAGAGCUCCAGCAUGGGGAGCUCGGACGUGGAGAGGAAGGAGUCCUACGAGGAUGUCUCUGGGGAGCCCGGGGGUCUCGUCAGCACCAUCUCCAGCAGCAGGAGCCCCCUGCAGCCCCCCGACGCCGACGACGGGGAGCCCUUCACCACCUACUUCGACAGCAAGAUCCCCAUCCCGGAGGAUGACGGGCAUUCCUGCUUCAGCUUCCGCAAGCUGUGGGCGUUCACGGGGCCGGGCUUCCUGAUGAGCAUCGCCUACCUGGACCCCGGCAACAUCGAGUCCGACCUGCAGUCCGGGGCUGUGGCGGGGUUCAAGCUGCUGUGGGUGCUGCUGCUGGCCACCGUCAUCGGGCUGCUGCUGCAGCGGCUGGCGGCGCGGCUGGGCGUGGUCACCGGGCUGCACCUGGCAGAGGUGUGCCACCGCCAGUACCAGAAGUUCCCUCGCAUCAUCCUGUGGCUGAUGGUGGAACUGGCCAUCAUCGGCUCCGACAUGCAGGAGGUCAUCGGCUCCGCCAUCGCCAUCAACCUGCUCUCCGUGGGGAAGAUCCCGCUCUGGGGGGGAGUGCUCAUCACCAUCGCCGACACCUUCGUCUUCCUCUUCCUGGACAAAUACGGCCUGAGGAAGCUGGAGGCGUUUUUUGGGCUCCUCAUCACCAUCAUGGCUCUGACUUUUGGAUAUGAGUACGUCACGGUGAAGCCCAGCCAGAAGAAGCUGCUGCAGGGGCUCUUCGUCCCUUACUGCGGGGGCUGCGGCACGCCGCAGCUGGAGCAGGCCGUGGGCAUCGUGGGCGCCGUCAUCAUGCCCCACAACAUGUACCUGCACUCCGCCCUGGUCAAG